AUGGCGACUGUGCAAUGGAUGGAAGACGAAAACAAUUAUGAUAGUGCCAAUGACCUUAGCUGGGACCCUCAGCGAGAAUUCAUGCAGUUCCUGUGGGAAAACCAUGAUGAUUCCCCUGCGGAGGAUGAGCCAGAACUAGUCACUCCCCCUGCCAGCCAAAGAAGGAGGAAACGCAAAAUGGACAUGGUGGUGAUGGUAGAUCCUUCAGAGGAUCUUUACCCUAAUUUGAGCCUGAAGUCAACAGAGGUCAUAUCAGAUGAAGAUAGUCAAGCAGACCCAGUACCCAUCAACAAAUUACGAAAAUUAAGGAAACGUUCAAAACCACAAUCACCCACAGGGAAGAAAGCACAGCAUCCCAAUGGAACUGCUGAGUCUGUCCAACUUAAGUACAGUGUCCCAGUCAGAAAUCUCCAUGAAAAAAGCAGGCUUGUCUCACCGAAGAGGAAUCCAUCAACAGACUCAUGUUCAGAGGAGGAGCCACUGUUUUUCCCAUGUACAAAAUGCACCAUUCAUUUCAAAGAGAAAAGUCACUUACAGCGGCAUAUGAGAUGUCACCCAGAUCCACCCAGUCAGAUCAGCAUGCCAAAGCCUUUUAUUUGCAAAGAGUGUGGACAGUCUUUUCGCAAUAGCAACACACUUUUGCGGCAUAUGACCAUACAUGAGGAGAGAAGAGAGAGGCUAAUAGAGGAGAUUAAGGGGAUGAAUGACUUGAAGGAUGAAGGUAAAAACGCUAGGUUACAGUGCCCUCAGUGCAACUUUGGGACCAAUUGUGCAAAUACUUUUGUACAGCACGCAAAGACUCAUGAGAAAGACAAGUGGUACUAUGACUGUGAGAAGUGUAACUUCUUGGCUGCAUCUAUGUUUGAACUUGAGAGACAUAUGAGCAAAGAGCAUAGCGUUUGCAAAGAUCAGGAGGAGACAGAGAAGCACAGUAUAUUUAUGCCAUGCAAUGACGAAACACCUAUUUCUUUCUCCUGUACCAUUUGUUCCUACAGCACCACAAGUAAGAACAUCUUCAAAAAUCACAUAGGGCUUCGUCAUCAUCAGUCAUAUGCAGAAUAUGAAGCUUUGCAGAAUACCGAAACAAUUGCAGAAUCAACUUCUAAGCAACAUUCACUAAGUUGUAAAGCCCCGUUAGUAGAUUCAUGCUCUUCGGCAUUAACAUCUAAAUUCUGUAGAGAAAAUUCACCUUGUGAACCUAAUGAUAUUUCAGAUUUAUUCAAAAAGGACAAAAUUGUAAAUAGAGUACGAAAAGACGUCAAAUCUCAGAUAACCGAGUCAAAACUUGACAAAUCAAUAAAUAUUCUCUUGUCUCGUCAAAAAAGACGCGAUGAAACUCUGCAAGAGGAAAAACCUGAUGUCACCACCGAACUUUCUGUUUUCCAAGAUGUUAAUGGUGACAUUAAUGAUGGUGAUUUCAAAGGGCUAUUGGCAGUACCUUCUGAAAAUUCCAAUUGUUCUUCAAAUGGACACAAACGUUUUUCAUUUUCCAAGCUGGACAAAAGGGUAUCAAAUUCUGGCUAUGAUGCCAAUAAACACAACAGUAAGGAUGUUGCUAGACAGGUCUUUGAACAGAAGGUUGGAAAGAAGUACCCUUCCAAAAGAAAAAUGUCCACCCCUUAUCGCAAUGCUGUUGACCAAGAGUCCUGCUUUAUCAUAUCCAGAUAUAUGCCAAGUCCAAAGAGGCAAAACAUGGUGGAAGACAUGGAGGACAGCGAUGAAAAGGAAGCUUUGCCGUUAAGUGACUCCAAAUUAUAUACCAGUUCCCAACUUCUUGACAAAACUGAAAUUAAGCAAGAGACCUCAGACAUUGGUAGUACUUUCAGCAGAAGAAUGUCAGUAAGGGGGACAUCUGAGGGCUCAUUGGACAAAGUUUUGAUCUUGAAAACUGGGAGCAAUUGUCAACAAAAGCCCGUUGUCAAAGAAGAACGCAUAGAAACACAGGUGUUCGAACAGACCUUUGAGUCCAGCUCAGUGCAAUAUAAUAACUUCACUGAUGCUGAUUUGUCUACCUUAGACAUGGAGCGAAAGACCUGCCCUUACUGUCCUGCAGUUUUUGAGUCAGGUGUGGGAUUAUCCAAUCAUGUAAGAGGACAUCUGCACAGGGUUGGACUGAGUUACAAUGCACGUCAUGUGGUACCACCAGAACAAGUGGCUUCUCAAGACAAGAGGCCUCGAAUUCGGCGCAGGAUGGCAGCAAUCAGGCGAUUAAAAAAGGCAUUUAGGUUGGAAUCUUCUGGGUCUGUAAGCUCUCAUUCCUGUCCAUUAUGUGGAGACUCUUUUGAUAACAAGACUGGACAGUCUAACCACAUACGAGGCCAUCUGAAACGCCUUGGUAAAUCCAUCUCAACCAAGAACAAGUCCCCCCUAUGUUUGCUUCGGGAACUGAUGCGCGACAAGAAGGAGUUCCAGAGGGCACUCCAGAUUGUAGGCAGGAAGCGUAAGCCCUCACAAGGCCUCAAGGCCAUUGCAAAGCAGGCUGGUGUGGACUGUCUGUCAUCUCCAUCUGUUGGAAUUUCAAAACGUAAUCCCAUUCAGAACCUCUACAAUGAUGCCAAAUCGGUGCUGCCCACUUUUUCAUUAUUGCCAGAGGCAUCUUCAAAGAAGCAGGUAGAGAAUAAGUUGGAAGUUAAAGGUUCUCUCUCGAGUGCCUUGAUAGGAAUUUUGAAGAAGAGGAAGUGUCAAGACGACAAGUUGAGGACUUCUCAAACAUCAAGAAAUGCUUUUGCAGGUCCUUCCACAAGCGCACACAGUACAGGAUCAAGAGCUACCACAACACUGCCAAACUCAACAUCUGAGAAAGGGGAAUUUAACAGAAAGGUGUGUGUCCAUUGCAAUGCAACCUUUCACAGUGGAGUUAGCUUGUCCAAUCACUUGCGGGCAUAUGCAAAAAGGAAAAGGACUGCAUUACUUGAAGGAACAACAUUUGACUGUAAACAAAGGAGGCAAAGGUCUAGGCCAGGUUCCAAGAAGAAGAUAUCUCCUGUGCCACACACACCUGAGGAGAUGUAUAGACUCACAUGCAGGUUCUGUGACCUAGUCUUCCAGGGUCCCUUGUCGGUCCAGGAGGACUGGAUAAAGCAUCUCCAGAGGCACAUCAUGAACACUAGUGUUCCACACACUGGUGCUAGCAUGGUGGAGGUCACCUCCUUGCCCAAGGACCCCCCCUCUCCUACCACUGACCAACAGAACCUCCCACUGACCACCCACACUGCCUCCUAAGCCAUUGGG